CUUAACACUCUUAUAUUUUUAAUUUAAAUAAUUUAAAACUUAAUUCUAAUUAAUAUUAUCACCAAUAAAUACAAACUAUAAAACAUUAUCGCAUUUAACUCCUUUGUAACUUAUUUAAUUGCUUAUUUUUUUAAAUUCACCUUUUAAUUAUAAUUCCUAUUUUAAAUACCUUUAAAAAUCUUCAAAAUCAAUCAAUUUAAUACUUCCAAACUAUCCAAAAAUACACUAUUCAGAUAAUAAAACGACUCCUUUAUUUAAAUCCUUCAUUUUUACCACAAAUCUUCCCAUUUAUGAAAUAUAAAAAGUCGCCUAAUUUUCACCACUACACUUCCCUAAAGCAAAAUCCCAAUUUUUUUACUCCAAAAAUCUUUCCAUUUUCAAUUCUAAAAUUUCCACUUUUUAACCCUCCACGAUUUUUUUAAACUAUUUAUAAUCUUUAAAAAUACCCUAAGCAGUUUUGACCACUUCAUCCCUUUAAACACCCCACAUUUUCUACAAACUGUUCAAAAUAGCCUCAUCUUCCUCAUUUUAUUACCUACAUCUAUCCCCGGCCACAUAAUAAAGUCUCACAACCCCAUCAGAAAUUCUAUUACUCUUUAGAAUCUUUAUUUUCUAAACUUCUCCUGUGAAAUCGCAGUGAGUACCGCAACAUGCCUCCACAUCCACCCCUUCAAUAUUCACUAUUCUUAGCUUAUUUCCAGGCACAAUCCCUCCUUAAUAAAGUCUGAACCCAUAAAGAGAUUCAGCUUCUCUUUUAGACAUUAUUUAUUUUUAAAUUUUCACAUUUUUCUAAAUAAUACUGUUUGCCUCAAUCUCGAUUUCCUUCAAUUCUUCAUUAGAUAAACCU